AAAAUUGCCAUAUUCUGUCUAAACACGAACAGCAGUAUCGACGAUUUGAAGUGCUGUCUACAAAAACACGUUCUAAGACAUUCUUUUUGACUACAGAAUGCCUCUGAUCAUCGUCUCUGGAUUCCCCAGUUCGGGAAAGACACUGCGUUCUAAGCAACUUGCAGAAGAGUUUCAAAAACGAAUUGAGAAGAAUUUAGACGGAACUGGUUCAUAUAAGGUUAUUCACAUUGAUGAUGAGAGCCUUGGUAUUGAAAAGGAGACGUAUAGAGACUCUCGAAAAGAGAAAACAGCUAGAGCAGCGUUGUACAGUGCGGUGGAACGUUCCUUGUCAAAAGAAACAUUUGUAAUUUGCGAUUCUCUGAACUACAUCAAGGGUUAUCGUUACCAACUAUUCUGUGAAGCCAAGUCAAUGUAUACCCCACACUGUGUUAUGCAUGUUGCCGUUCCAACGGAUCUUGCUAAAACAUGGAAUGACGGUUCAGAGAACCCAUACCCAGACGAUGUAUUUGAAGGCCUUAUUUUUCGGUAUGAAGAGCCGAAUGCUAUGGUUCGCUGGGAUUCCCCACUAUUCACUGUCCUGCACGAUGAUCCUACACCUCCAUUUGAUCAGAUGUGGUCCGUUCUUGUUCUCAAUAAAAAUGUGAAACCCAACCAGGCAACAGUAAUCAAGCCUCCCGCCGAGGUCGACUACUUGCAUGAAUUGGACAAAGUAACGCAAGAGGUGACUAUGCUUGUGUUUAAUAAUGCGAACGGCGACAACUUAUCGGAGGUACCUGUCCCUAAUUGCUCAAAGAAGAUUGAAAUGCCCAAUGUCCCAGUUUCAUUACCCUUAUUGCAGCGUUUUCGAAGACAGUUUGUCCAUCUGAAUCGUCAGCAAGUCUAUGAUACGACGAAGCUUAAGGACCUGUUCGUGGACUUUUUGAAUGGCCAAUUUGAGACUCUUUCUUAAUACGGGGCACGGAUACUCUCGAAAAGAAUCAACAUGGAUUUAGACGGCGAGGAAACAGCGCAGGAGUAGGACUAAUAAAACGACUUUUUGAUAUCAAUACUUGAACCCUUAAACGUACAUAACAUAUUUAUAAAUUCGCAAACUAAGGGAUAUAACAAAAUUACUCUCAUACUACUCAUCGGGUUUCUUCACCUAUCUCAUAAGGAUCCCGUCCGCUCUCACAAUUUCCUAACAUCCCACUUCAAUUUCUUAGUACAAUAACUACCGUAACAGCAUAUUCCAAUUCCAAUUGCAUAUUUCCCGU